AUCGAGUCAAGCCUACUGUCCCAUUUCCAUCUCACCCUGGAUACAUCAUGUUGUCCACCAAGCAUCUACUAUGGUAUGCCUUGGCAUGUGUAUCACAAAUAACAAGUGGUCUUGCCUAUCCAAAGCCCGCCCUCCCUGCUAGCGGUGACCUCCUAUCUGAGCUCACUGAGGGACUACAGGGAUCAACAGAAUUCCAGAAGUCAAAGGGCUUCUCAAAUGGCGUACCCCUAAGAAUAAUGCCCUUAGGUGCAUCUAUUACCUUCGGUCAUGGAUCAAAGGACGGAAAUGGGUACCGAAAAGACCUUCGCGACAUGAUAGUACAGAACGGGAACAAAGUCAACAUGGUCGGGAACAACCCCAACGGAACUAUGAAAGACAACGAAAGCGAGGGUUGGGAUGGUUACAGAAUCGAACAAGUCCACACCAAAGCAAAGGAUUCCGUACCCAAAUACAAGCCCAACCUGAUCCUCAUCAACGCGGGCACCAACGACUGCAUACAAGACUACAAAAUGUCAAGCGCGGGAAACAGGAUGACGGACAUGAUCAACGACCUAUUUGAUGAAUCACCCAAAGCGACCGUCAUUCUAUCGACCCUCAUAGUGAACGCGCGCGAAGACAUACCAGAGCGCAUCGAUGAAUACAACGCCCAAUUGAGGCAAGUCGCAAGCAAUUUCCAAGAAGCCGGUAGAUCUCUCGUCUUGGUCGACAUGCAGGGCAAAAACGGCCCCACCCUGGACGACUUAAUCUCCGAUGGCAUUCAUCCGAAUGACGAAGGGUAUGAGAAAAUGGCCCAAGUUUGGUUCAACGGCAUCAAAGAAGCGGACACCAUGGGAUACCUGCAGCGAGCAGACGCAGUCAAAGGGCUUGGAGAUGAUGGCUUGACAUCAUCGGAUCCCUAUCUUCGUUAACUGAGGCUAUUGUACAACGUGAGAUUCUAUAAUAUGCAUAUGGACGGCGCUUAGGUGUUUGGCACAUAAGUUUUUCAGCAUUGGAUGGAACCAAGAGUUUAACAUCGCACCCUUGGCGAGUAUUACUUUCGUGUUCAUUUUUAUUGCCACAUAUCUGGUGAGAAUAUUUUAGCUUUAGGUAUAAAAAUAGCGAAGGAUUUAUUGGUAAUCUUAAUCAAUAGGGGACGCCUGUCAAUGGAAAGGAUGCUGAAAAUUUAUAUACUGAUAGCCAGAGCGAUGCUUUCAUACUUGUCGUUAGAGCCGAGUCUCAUUUGAAUAAUAUUGUGUGUUGAGAAGUAUUUGCUGCAAGUAACUUCGAAGCAUAGAUAACCUGCUAAAUCUACCUCUCUGUUUAGGUUUACUUGAAAUGUCACGAUGGUUGAUCUGUGCAUGAAUAAACAAUGCCUCUAAGUAAAUAAAGCCAUGACGUGAUGGGCCGUGCUAAAUCGUGAACCACCGUGAGAUCAUCUGCAAGUAGUAAGUUUGGCUAUUGGCUACCUGGAUUCAUUAGCGUCAACUCUGAAUACCACUUAGUGCCAACGAUGCAAAGACCCCUAUUUGCGCAAGUCAUGGCAAUACUUAGC